UAAAACAACGUGAUGAAUAACACGUGCUGGUUAGCUGACAGAUAUCCUGAACUUGUACUUCAGCCUCUUUGGGACUUGAUGCGCGAGAGACAGGUAUUGUUGCGGUCACCUUUGCUCGCCGCAUGUUUUGCGUUUUCCAUCCACUUGAUUUUCUGCGCUCCUUACUUGUUGCUGGACAUACUUGGUGGUCGUUGCCAGUGGAUUUAUAAAUACAGGAUCGAUGGAAGGAUUAAUGAGUCGUUUCAGCUACAGAGAUGGCUUGACUGCCUUGGAAGAAUCAUCCUCAAGUACCUGUGUGGCAUCCUGCCCUCUGUUGCGUUUUUCCAAAGCCUUCGCGGACUACGUUUACCUGAUGAGGCGCCGUCUUGCUUCCUUGCCCUCAAAGAGAUAGCCCUGUGCUUGCUCCUCUUCGACACCUUUUUCUUCGGGUGGCAUUAUUUCAUGCACCGGGUUCCAUGGCUGUUCCAGGAGGUUCACCGGGCCCAUCACCAGAACCACAACACCUUCGCCCUGGCUGCCCAAGACGGCAGCAUCGCCGAGCUGGUGUCCCUCCAGACGCUGGCCCAGGGCACCGCCGCCCUGGUUCGCUGCCACCCGCUGAGUGAGCUCGUCUUCCACCUGCUCAACACCUACCUGGCUGUGGACGACCACUGUGGGUACGACCUGCCCUGGGCGCUGCAUCGCCUGGUGCCCUGCUUCAGUGGAGCCAGGUAUCACCAGGCCCAUCACCAGAAGUACAAGGGGAACUACGCGCCGUACUUCAGGCACUGGGACUGGAUAUUUGGCACGGCACUGAUGGAGGACAGAAGGGCACGACGACGUGAAGCUGGUCUCCACGAACGUGCUGAGAAGUGGCCACCUGGAGUCAUGUCCUACUUUUUUUCACUGGAAGAGAUUGAUUGAUUGGUUGGAUUGAUUGAUGUCAAUUGGACAGUUGCUUGCUUGCUUGGUCUACAGCAGUGGUUCUCAACCUUUGUUGAACGCCCCCUUGACUUCAUCAUAAGCCUCCCAACAUCCCCUUGACCUCAUCAUAAAUCUGCCAAUGCCCCCCUUGACCUCAUCAUAAAUCCCCCAAUGCCCCCUAAGCCCCACCCCCACUCAACCGUGUCCUUCUCAACAACCCUCCAGGGCUCCCCAACGCCCACUGGGGGGCUGUAGUGCCCCCGUUGAGAAACACUAGUCUGCAGUCUUUGAUUGACUGGCUGAUUGAUGUUUCCUUCUGGAGUCUGAACAUCGGAAAUAAAGUGAAUGAAAUUGUCAGUCGUGGGAAAGACAAAAACAUGAUGUGCGCUAAGAUUUCUCUUUCAGGAAAGAAAGGGUGCUGCUUUCCUGCUCCAUGCCGGUUCAUCCAACUGUGUCAAGGUUUGACACACACUGAACUGAAUGAAAGCAGCCUGUAGAUACCAGAGGGAGGAAAUGAGUGACUCAUGCCAAUAAUGUGAUGUGAUAUUAGUCUGUCAUGUUUAUAUUUGCCAGUAGAACUGGAGCUGCCUAAGGAUGAAUACUAACAACAAUGUUUUUAGAGCUCAAUGUUCAUAGUUUUGUUGGCAGGGUUGAAGAUUAUAUGCUUGUUUAUGCAAUGGAAUGAAGGAAGACACAUUUUAUAUUAGUUUUUAACGGAAACAAACAAGUGUAUGGAUGAUUGUUAUUAUAACUCGAUUACUAUUUUAUAUU